AACAGAGAAGUCUACAAACACAGUGUUACUCACACAAUUCUAGAAGUCUCCAGUAGCUUUCUUGUCAAAAACUAGUUGCCCACUGGCAGGUCAGUGCUCUUCAGAGUGUUGCUAGGUGGCUCACAUGAAAGUGUGAUAUACUUUGUGAUCUCUCCGGCCGUAUUCUACUCUCAAUAAAUAUCAGUGUUUGACUAAAGCCGCUCCAGCUUCCAUCCUUUCCUGAGCCUUGGCUCUGCAUUGCUGCACAGAAGUUUCCAUCACAGUUUGGGUUGCAUAUUUAAACACAGAGAGAGGAGAAAGGGAGGGGUCAAGGGUGGCGAUAAUGAGUUAGGGAGGCAGUAUCAGGAAUGUUUUCAGUUCAACAGAAGCUGCAAUUCAUACUAUUGGUGCACAUGGAGUGUAACUAGCAACAUUGCAACACAUCUUCUUAUGAAUGACUUUUCCCAAGCUUAGCAAAGAAGUGAAAGCCAGUAAAUAAAGAUAAACAUUAGCAAAUAAGAAUCACACAAUGAUAGUAUUAAAGUAAGUAAGUGGGUAUAAUUGUUUUCUGUUACACCCCUAAACAAACUUUCUCUCGACAGACAAUGCCUAUGAUCCAGAUGUCAAUGCCAAACAGUUCUGGAUUGAUAAGAUUGUGGUCAAAAAGCAGGACUGCCUUAGCUUUAUGGAUAAUGGAUAUGGACUGGACAAAGAUAAAAUACACAAGAUGCUCAGCUUUGGCUACAGUGACAAGAUUCCUAUAAAGGGAGUAAAGCCCAUUGGUAUGUACGGCAACGGUUUCAAGUCUGGAUCCAUGCGCCUCGGCAAAGACGCCAUCGUGUUUUCGAAGUCAAAGAGUGUGUCCUGCGUUGGGAUGCUCUCUCAAACCUACCUGGAAGAGAUUGGUGCUAACCAAAUAAUUGUUCCUAUUGUAUGCUUUGAACGGAAAGAAAAAAACAAGUUCCGUGUAAGAGAAGAACACAAGGCCAGUCUUCAGGACAUCCUGCGCUAUUCCCCAUUCAACAAAGAGGAAGAAAUUCAGGCUGAGAUCGACGGCAUCAGUUCCAAAACCGGCACACGGAUCAUCAUCUGGAAUCUCCGCAGUACAUCUAGUAAACCAUCAGAAUUUGAUUUUGAGAGGGACCGCUACGAUAUCCGAAUACCAUCUGAAUUCGACGAGACAAUGAAGGACGCUGCUCCAAAACCAGGUCCAAAUCAAGCGACCAAGUCAAACAUCCCUGAGAGUGUUUCCUCACUUCGGGCAUAUUGCAGUAUUCUCUACUUGAAGCCUCGGAUGCAGAUCAUCGUACGGGGUCAAAAGGUGAAAUCUCAGCUCAUUGCUAAGACACUGGCCUUCGUCAGAAAGGACCACUACAAGCCCGCUUUCCUGCCCAAACGCAUUCCCAUCACUUUUGGCUAUAACACCAGAAGUAAAGACCAGUAUGGCAUUAUGCUGUAUCACAAGAAUCGGCUCAUCAAAGCCUAUGAACGUGUAGGCUGCCAGCUCAAGGCCAACAACAAAGGUGUUGGGGUCAUUGGGAUCAUAGAGUGUUUCUUUCUGGAACCUACCCACAACAAACAGAGCUUUGAUGAGACAGAUAAGUACAGGAAAACAAUGAACAGCUUGGGGACCAAACUGGAGGAGUACUGGAAUGAAAUAAACUACAAGAAAAAACAAGAGAAUCCAAACAACACCAUACCCAUGGAAGAUACCACGAAGCGACCGGAUCAAAACUGGGUGAUGUGUGAUGAGUGUUUGCACUGGCGCAAACUCCCUGAUGGGAUCGACACCGACAAGCUGCCAGAUAAAUGGUCCUGCCAUUUGAACCCGGAUCCGCAGUUCAGGAGCUGCCAGGCAGAACAGGAGCAUGUGGACUCAGAUGACGAUCUGCAACCUUCAUACCGCAAGACGUAUAAACUAAAAGAAAGGGAAGACAUGAGGAUUCAAGAGCAAAAGGCUGAGGAGGCGCAUUUGGCUGAUCUCGCCAAGCAGAAAAAGGCCCAAAUACAGGCUGUUGCUUCCCCCUCCACACAUACUACCCCAAAGAGUAGGUUUAACAACAUGUUGCCCCAAGGGGGGGCUGCGAGAGCUCUCUCCAUUCCACUGAUGUCCUCCCCCCUUUCACAAGCUGCUUGCAGCCCUUCAAGUAGCAGUGAUCUUCCAUAUAUAUCCGGUGUUUUCUCACUGGCAAAUCUCCCCCAGAGCAGGGGGAAAAGAACCCAGCCGGCUUCUCCACAAAUAACCUCCAAAAGGCUGAGACAGAAUGGCUUCCAUCAGGGCAAAUUAGACCCAUCAGUUCUCAAUGAAAAUGAUGAGGAUACUGAUGAUGAUAUAUGCAUCUUGGAGACGGUCAGUACCCCCAAGCCAACAAAUCUGUCCGUAGACUUGACUAAAGUGAAGACCGAGGUGGAGCAAAGUGAUGCUGACAUGGGCAUGCUGAUGGAGUGCAGCGAUGAUGCUGCUUUGGAUAACGGCCCAGACAUAAAUGCUGCGGGAACGAGCUCCUCAGCGUCUGCAGCUGUGGGAACCAGUACCUCCACAGCACCCCCCACAGGGGUGUCCACCAGCACCACCCAAACAGAUGUACCCAAAGUAAAGAAGGAAGAGGAGGACCAAAUUCCAACUGAGAGAGUGGGGCUGAGUACAUCUAAUAUAACAAAGCCUUCAGGUGUCUGCAGUGUGGAGCAAAGUGUAAGGAAGGAAGCGAGCAGUGGAGAUGCUCAUUGUGAGAAUCAAGGAGAGCUCACCUUGCAGAAUGGAGUGACACAUCAUGAAGAUAGUGAGGAAGAAGCUGGACCUUCCUGGGCUCAAAAAGACUCUCCACAUCCCCACCCCAGUGUGAUUGAGGUACAGGGACAGCAGGACCAGCUUCUAGAGCUCAUGCAGGAAAUCGCUCAGGAGAGAGACUCCUUUAAAGAGCAGGUGCACAGUCUUACCUGCCAACUGCACGACACGCAGAGCAGACUGCAGGAGCUGAGCAGUGUGAUGAAGGAGAGCUCCAACCAGGCCAGCCAGACGGAGGAAUCUGAGGUGAAGGACUACAAAGGUCUGUUUGAGAAGGCCAAACAGAAAGUGGAAGAACUUAUUAAGGAAAAGGUUUCACUGGAAGCCACCAAACCCAGUACUGCCCAAUGUGAGGAAAAGGACUUUGACGAGAUUGCUAUGCAAGUUGACUGUCUGAUGCGACAGCUGGAUGAAAGACAAAAGGAGCAUGAUGAACUGCGCUCACAGUUGACCAGUCUGGAAGAGGAAAAGACCAACCUGGUAUCCCAGUGGGAGUUCAGGUUGAGCCUGCAGCAGGAGAAGGAUAACGCACAAGAGAGCAGUACAACUCCACACAGAGCCUCUGAUUCCACCGUACAAACAGAUCCAGAGGAGGCAGGAGAGGCAUCUACCUCUGGCACACAGUCAAGCUCGGAAACAUCCAGAAGUUUGAUUGAGCUGAGGCACAACGUCGGGCGCCUUCUCCUCUCCUACGUGCCAUUGGAACUGGACCAGGUCAAUUACGAGUGCAAUGUCAUUGAUGAGAUCCUAGAACAGGUGCUCUCUAGUGGGGUGUCUGUUGCACCAAGAGACGGAGCAACAAAUGAAUAAACAAAUCAUCAGGUCUUUGAA